AUGGCCACAUCUCUCGCCUCGGUGGGCUUCUUCCUCGCGGCUGCAGCUGAGGUCCUCUCGAGUUGUGGGCGCUUGCAUGAUCAGGAGCCGUACAUGGAGUCCGGCCCUCUUGUCGGUUCUGAUGGUGCGGGGAUCUCCGUGUGGGUCUCUCCGUGGGGCUCCGCCUGCGCCGUGGUCGCCCUUCUGGUGGUGGAGGUGCUGCUGGUGGAGGAGCCCGUGGCGGUGGCCAGUUUCAUGGCGAUGGAGGUACUGCUUGUGGAGGAUCCCGUGGUGGUUGUCGAUUUCGUGGUGGUGGAGGUGCUGCUGGUGGAUGUGCCCAUGAUGGUGGUUGCAGGCGCCGCCGUUGCCCGCGACGCCCCACGCCUGCAUCGCGGCGUCGACUGCUUCGACAAUCUUGAUCAAAUCGGCGAGCGAACCUACGGGUUGGUAUCUAUAUCGUCCCCCGAUUCCGUCCAAGAACCAGCAGUCCAGCACCAGCUGGUCUUCCCUCCGCUCCUCUCGCUCUCGCAUGCGUUCUACAGCGCCGUCGCUGUGAUCACUCUUGUGGUCUGGCCUCAAGACCUCUGUGGAACGCGCAGCUCAAGAAUAUUGGCCACCCGUUGGUCCACACCUAGCUAUUCUCAAGUACCCUGGUUACAAAGUUAUUUCCAUGUGUUUUCUAGACAACGUGUUCUCAGAGUAGUUCAUAUAUCUAUGACAUCCACUCAUGUGUUGGGAAAACAUUCAAGUCAAGUACAUACUUCAGUGACUUGCUUCAAACGCCGAAUACAUGCAUUUACCUUCAUUCCAGGAAGCAUGAAGAGGAGAAACACUCUGCAAAUGGAAGCAAUCUGUGCGCACAGUAUGUUCUUUUUCUCAUCAACUGUAUUCUACAUCAAAUGGAUGCUUUCUUUCAGGUUACCUUUCACGUUUGACAUCAAGUAACGUAGAUGCCAACUUAUUUUAUAGUUCACUGAAAGUAAAAUUAGCCGAUUGAAUUGUGCUAGCUUCCAUAUGAUAUCAUCUUAUUCUAUCGUGCUGCUAUGUGUUCGAAUGUUUAGCGAAACAAAUUAGUAGUAGUCCUCUUUGAGUGCUACAUAGUAAUAAAUUAGCAACAGUCCCAGUGUCACGUGUUUAUCCAAGGAGAGCUCUUUGAGUGUCACAAAUUUCCUGUUAUAUUAUAUAUGCUAUUUCAGUUAGUACAUACUCUCCUUUGCUAUAAAAAAAAUCCUCUAAAUGCAUAGGAACCUAUUCA